AUGGCGCCUCCAGAGUCCCCUGAUACGACUCCCAAAGUCUGCUAUAAAUACAUAUGGGCCCAAUUCGUAGCCCAGUGGAAGCUCGAAAACGACCUCCAAGCAUCAAAGGCCGGCUAUGUUGAUCUUAUAGGCGACAACAACCAGUUGAAGCCGGAAUCCGAGACCGUCUCCGGCUUGGCAGAUAAUCUCAAGCGUGUGACCGGUGGCGGCGUCAUCCCCGAGAAGCCGGGACACUUCAACGUCGGUAUCGUCGGUGCCGGCGCGGCUGGACUCUUCACAGCUUUAGCCAUUGACUGGAUCAACGACACCAUCGCAAAAGAAAAGGGGCCUGGGCACCUCAACAUCACUUACGAAAUUUUGGAGGCUUCGGAUGAGGAACGAUUCGGCGGAAGGCUCUAUACCCACCGGUUCAGCAAGGAUGGUGUGCACGAUUACUACGAUGUCGGAGCCAUGCGUUUUCCCAGGAACGCAGUCAUGGACAGAUGGAGCGUUAAGGGCCUGAAAUGA